AUGAAUGAAGAUCAAAAGAAGAAGAUCAGACAACGGUAUGUCUACCUGGUCAACAACCUGACAGACCCGAGGAGUACAGGGCUUGCUGCACACCUGUACCAAGAUGGCGUCAUUGAGCUGCGAGAUCGUCAGAUUGUGGAGAAGGAAAAAGCAACAGAAGACGCCAUAAAACAUCUGCUUGAUGCCGUGAUGAACUCUUCACAUUCGGGCGCCUUUGAUUGCUUCCUUAAACUUUUGGAAGAAUAUGGACAAGACUACCUGGCCAUUGUUUUAAGACAAAGUACCAGUUCUGAUGGAACAGGUUUGUGUGACGUGUGUCCAGAAGACAAUAAAUCCCCUGCCACUUCCGUGUGUUUGGACUGCAAGGAGCUCAUGUGUUCUACGUGUGCCGGCUGUCAUAAGAGGACAAGAAUUUUGAAAGAACACAAACUUCAGGAGUUACCAGCUGCCGUCACAGACAAAUGCCAAGUACACCCAUCCAUUUAUCUUAAAUCUUACUGUCCCCAAUGUGACGUCCUUGUCUGUGAGCGAUGUAUGGUGGACACACACAAAGGACACACAGACGCUUGGAAAGACGCAAUAACAGCGGCCGAGGACUUGAAAUGUAAACUGAACGGGAUUAUUGAUGAAAUCAAAGAUAUUCCUCUAAACAAACAUUCGAUAGAAAAAGAAGAAAAGGAACAACUAGCCGACUUGGAUGAGCAAAGACAACGAGCUAAACAAGCUAUUGAUACACGUGUAGACGAGGUUUGCAAACUGGCGAAAGUCUGUGCUGAAAAAGCCAAAGAAGAAGUGGACAAAGCAUAUUUGGAUAUAAAACUUCAGCUGCAAAUAACCAAUAAAAUAGCAUCCCUCGAAAAACAACUGAAAGCCUAUGAAAAUAUGGUGAAUGACGCUUCCGUCUCUAGUGUAGUUAAAAAUCACGCGGAAUGGGAGACUUCACUAAAGGAAAUGUUGCAGACGCAUUCCCCCACCUCUCCUGUGCCGGCGCUAAGAUUUCAGACCAUCACUUGGACAGAAACAGCCAUACAGCAGGCAAUGGGUGCGGUGGUUAUAGGAGAGAUCACACCGACAUUGAUCACACAACACCAACUGCAGUGUUCCAAGGAUCCACUGGAGCUCCCCAUAGCUGUGGACAGCAUGCCUGGUGGUGACGUCGUGGUGGGGACAGGGUGUAAUGCUGAUAAAAACAAGCAUCGUAUCAUCACCUCUUCCUCCACAGGAGACAUCAAGAAGGAGAUCAAGGUUACGGGGCUGAAAGGACUGACAGUACUACGUGACGGUACAAUAGCAGCUACUGUAUGUGACGACAGUACACGGGAAGUGAGGAUAUAUACUAAAGACGGUGGUGUGAAAUCAUCGUUCAAGUGCAGCACACCUGGUCGUAUUACAGUGAACCAUGAAGGUCAGCUGGUUGUGAUGGAUUCUAGUAUAGGCACAUGUAAUAAUGUAAUGGUAUAUCAUACUGACGGUACACAGAUCAGGGUAUUCUCUGAUAUCUCAUCCAAACCAGCACCAUAUUUCAAUGACAUAACAACCACACCCAGUGGUGACGUCAUAGUAUCAGAUCCCAAUGACUGCUGUAUACGUGUCUACACACCUGAGGGUCAGCUACGGUACACGUACGGUGGAGAGGGCGUCAUGAAGUGUUCACACGGUGUCUGUGUGGAUGAAGAUGGAACUAUAUUUAUCUCUGACAACCUUGCUAACAACAUCCACCAGGUGUCUCCUGCUGGCCAGUUCAUGCGAUAUGUGCUGACAGACAAGGAUGGACUGCGGGCACCCAGGGUCGUGUGCAUCAACCAGGAAGGGCACCUCGUGGUAGCUCAACAAAACGGAUGGAUUAAGACAUACAACACGCCUGGUGGUGACGUUGUGGUGGGAACGUGGUGUACAGCUGAUAUAACCAAGCGUCGUGUCAUCAUCUGUUCCUCCACAGGAGACAUCAAGAAGGAGAUCAAGGUUACGGGGCUGAGAGGACUGACAGUACUACGUGACGGUACAAUAGCAGCUACUGUAUGGGACGGCAGUACACAGGAAGUGAGGAUAUACACUAAAGACGGUGGUGUGAAAUCAUCGUUCAAGUGCAGCACACCUGGUCGUAUUACAGUGAACCAUGAAGGUCAGCUGGCCGUGAUGGAUUCUAGUAGAGGCACAUAUAAUAAUGUAAUGGUAUAUCAUACUGACGGUACACAGGUCAGGGUAUUCUCUGACAUCUCAUCCAAACCAGCACCAUAUUUCAAGUACAUAUCAACCACAGGCAGUGGUGACGUCAUAGUAUCAGAUCCCAAUGACCGCUGGAUACGUGUCUACACACCUGAGGGUCAGCUACGGUACACGUACGGUGGGGAGGGCGUCAUGAAGGGUUCACACGGUGUCUGUGUGGAUGAAGAUGGAACCAUAUUUAUCUGCGACUUCCAUGCUUACAACAUCCACCAGGUGUCUCCUGCUGGCCAGUUCAUGCGAUAUGUGCUGACAGCCAAGGAUGGACUGAGGGCACCACACGACGUGUGUAUCAACCAGGAAGGGCACCUCGUGGUAGCUCAAGAGGACGGAUGGAUCAAGACAUACAAGUAUAAAUAACGAUAUAUGGUGUUAUUUACUCCUCGUCCUUGAUCAAAUGACACAUCGGCUUCAAUAUGAAAGACGAUAAUGUUUACAAAUUUAAUCUGUAUACUAAUAGAAUCAUACCUGUACAUGGAUAUCACAUAUUGAGCACAAUUAUCAGAUGUGCAUAUUUUUUGUAAAUAUAAAACUGUGAGACCAAGGAGAAUUUGAGAC